CACAGCGGUGGAGGCUCAGUUUCCACGUCCCUGUACAACACCAGAGGCUAUAAAGUACCAGACAUGCUGCCCCCUCUGGAAUGGCUCUAUUUGUGGGUCUAGCUCAGGGAGAGGAGUCUGUGAAGAACAUCCUAAAACACGCUCGCCAAGUCCUGUGGACUACAGGGAGAGCUGGCCUCGCGCCUUCUUUGAUUCAACAUAUCACAUGUCCCUAUCGUGAAGGUCCUGAUAUAAUCUGCGCCCGCUCUGAUACGGAUAGUCCUGCCUAUCUGAUCCGCAGGCCUGGAAGUGAUCCAAAGUACAAAACACUGCCAACCACUAAGGAUGUUGAAGACACACUGGCAACACCAGAGUGUGACACCCCUCCAUAUGACAGAACAUCUAGGAACAGCUUCAGGAACAAGCUAGAGGGUUUUGAGAUUCCCAACGAUACCCGACACUUGAAUAAGAGUAUGCACAACCUGGUGCACAGCUACUUGAGCGGCACCAUGUCUCUGCUGACUACCGCAGCUAAUGACCCCUUAUUCAUGGUGCAUCACAGCUUCAUUGACAAGCUUUUCGAGGACUGGUAUCAGAACCACACUAGUGCUAAAUACCCUGACAGUGAUGACAUGAAUAAAUCCCAGAGAGAGCAGGAAUUAAUGGCCCCCUUCUUCCAUCUACGCACCAACGACUACUGUUGGGGCAAGGACACCAAGGACCUGGGCUACAGAUACAGGGAACACAGCCUCCAUCAGCCUUGAGACGGGACCAGAGCAGCAAGACAGGCUCCAGGGUUUCAAGAGGAAUCGACAGCCAGAUAGUUCCAGUGGCAGUGGCCUGUUCUGGGUGUACUCAGUAUUGCAUUGCUCGGUGUUAGUGUUGGGGCGGCUACUAGAUGCAAAGGAAACAUCAAGAAGACUGCUUUUUCACAAGGCAUGAGACAUGGAGAAUGUUAGAAUGGCUAAGAGAUUUUUUUUUCAUUCAAAAACAUGU